CUAACUCGUUGUCUCCACGUGUCACAGAGGCAACCUGUGCCGGUUUUCUCGAGACCGCAAAGGAGACCUUACCCGCAACCUCUCGCACUGUCGUAGGGAAGAGUGGUUUGGAAGCAUUGAAUCAGACCUCAGUCGCAUUGCGCCAAGACAUAACGAGUUUUGUGUACCUUAAGAAAACGAAUAGUGCUGGUCGACAGUCAUUUAUUAUCUCGUCGCGAGUCGUGUGAGAAUGUAGCCUGAGUGUUUUAGCUUGCUUUCAAAAAGAAACUAAGAAAGUUGGGAAACACAAGGAUCCUCCACUCAAGCACGACCACCGAUAGAAGUGACUAACUACCUUUAGCUCUAAGCAUAGGGAUAUGGUGCAAGCAAAAUUGAACGCCUUACUCUACACAGAAGAAGCAUAUCACUGGCUAGAUACACGGUUAAAACUGCGACCUGCCUCUUUGCCCGCGGCAGAGGGAGCAGCUUUAUGAGUAUGACUGUGUUGAGUAUUGUAUGCACUGUGUAUGAGUAUGACUGUGUUGAGUAUUGUAUGCACUGUGUAUGAGUAUGACUGUGUUGAGUAUUGUAUGCACUGUGUAUGAGUAUGACUGUGUUGAGUAUUGUAUGCACUGUGUAUGAGUAUGACUGUGUUGAGUAUCUUGAUUUUGAUCAUGACUACAUUCAGACCCUGUCUCUACGGGUGUUAGAAACGACACUAUCAGGGACAUACCCAUGGCAUUGUGUGCACGUUCACGAAAAAGAAGAACAAUUUCCCGUUGAUUCGAUUGCACUUAAAUUAGGCGCGUCGACUCAAUUUUUUGUUGUACGUAUCCGCGUCGACUCGAACUAGUGCGCUACUUUUCUAUAUUUAUUUUUGUAAGUAGCAACAGCUACAGCACAAGUUUUGCCAGACUGGUAACGCUUCUAAGCUUCGCACAAGAAGGACGCUCGCCAUCCUUAGUUGAUGAUGCAAAACGGUUUCUGAAGAGCAUACUGAAAAUCAUGAACGACGAGAACUGUUUGCGAUUUCCAGAACUCGUUCGGCAGGUAGGAGAUACGAUUCCAGUCGUUCAGGAUUAUGAUUGCGAUCUAACUUUUAGUUUGAGAUACGAUGCGAGUCGUUCAGGAUUACGAUUGCGGUUUACGUUUUAGUUUGUGUUUUUCAGGAGUAUAUGUAUCAUUGUGAUUUGAAAUUAAUCUCAACUAAUCCUUACAUUUAAUGAGGACCCAGCUUGAAGUUUACAGGCGAGUGUAGCUAACACUUUUAUAGAUGGAGAUACGACGUCAAUGAAUCUCGACACGACAGAUUUGAAUACACAGUCACGCCUCUAAUCCUGUCCCUACUCAGUGCCCCUCGAGUUGUACAAUAGCGCUUCCUGGCAGAAUGACCAAGGAGAUAGGGACGCUCGUCGCAACGCCUUCUUCGAGCGGUUAUCGCAGUACUUCAUGUACGCCAUCAAUCGCUUUUGUGGAAGUGAGAAAUUCAAUCUCUCGGUGCUGAUCACUUCGUUUAUGAUGAACAGAAUCAGAAUGAAUCCUGAUGUUUGAUAAUGAACGAUGUUCAUGUUGUUGAUCAUGUAGGUAGUACAAGUAAAUGGACAACUAGGAGAUCUUUGUUCAACAUUCAUGUAGGUAGUACAAUUGUUCGUAGUGGGGUUUAGUGGUAGUGCUGGUGCUGCUGGUUUUCUAUUAGUUGUUGUCCUAGCACUAAGAAUCCUAGAUAUCAGUAUAUCAUGAUUAUGAUUAUGUAUGUAUCUUCAUGAAUACUGCUUCAUCAAGUGGUUAAGACAUCAAUGUUCAUCCUGAUCAUUUUCAAUCCUCCUCCAUCCGUCCCGAUCUUUCAUAGCCGGUUUCCUCUCGCACAACACUGGCGCUGGCGCUGGAGCAACGAUGGCGGCUGAGGCAAAGAAGAAGAUGCAUCGCGUCUUGAACUUUCUGCUACAUCUUCGGUCUCCAGACUACAGAGAAUUAAGGGCUUCAUCCGACUUACAAAUCCCUCACUGCCAUCCCUAAUCAUGGCCCCUUUUCUGGGGGAAUAAAAGAUCUCUGAACUACUUCUGAAGUCUACAAGGAUCUUCUGAAGGUGAAUGCAGGAUGAACUCGGCAACCUAGUACCUUUAAGAACUCGGCAACCUAUCUCUAAGGGCAGCCUUUUCCGAAACGGCGACGAUUCUCAUUCCGUUGAAGACGAAGGGAAAUAACUUCAACUUCAAUCAAGGUGUCAUGCUGUUGCUCGUGGAGACGUUUUAUCUCUUUAACGAGGUCUGUCUAGGCAACGAAGCGGACUAUGCACAGGUGCUGGCGAGAUUGUUUUAUGACAGGUGGAGGUCACCUUGUGAUCUUCCUUCCAAGGGGAUCAUUCCUUCUCACUCUAGGAAAUCUGUAACUGCUUAUGAUGAUCUGCCAACCUCAGCCUCCCGUGAGAACAACAUCCAGCAUUGUGAUUCAUACCCCAGGGAGCAAAACCGUUAGCGUUACACUGAAAGCCGCAGUUUGCCGGCAAGUCAUAGCUGCUUGCCAUGAGAGGUCGCAUAAGCAAGGAGGAGAGGUGGAGCAAGAUCAUGGUGACGCAGGAAAUCUUGGUGGCAAUAUAGAUGCCGAGGAUGAGACGAUGGGACCCAUAGACGAGGAAGAGGAAGGACCUGGGAGUCAUGUUAAGGCAUGAUAUUUAGAAUGGAUACGUUGAGAAUGGGUCCCUAUAAUAUCAAGAAUGGAUAGAUUUAGAAUGAAUUAUCCCUGUAUGCAUUUUUGUAUCAAGAAUGGAUAGAUUUAGAAUGAAAUCCUUUUGGAACAAACAUCUUGUUGGGGUGAAAGUGGAUAAUUAUACUUACAUAGAAAAUAACGGAUGAUAUAAAUGGCUAAUCUUCAUGCACACGACUUUCUGUUGUCCGAUUGCAGCACAUUUGACGCUAAAACUCGUUUGGAUCAACACAAGUGUAAUCAAGUAGUGCACAAGCCGCAAACGUCGGGAACUACUCGUCUAAUUCUGCCUCCGCUGGUGCAUUACAGAUGAGUGAAGCCUUCUUGCGAACGCUCUUACCUGCACUACUAUUACGGCUACAAGAAAUCCAUCUUCACGGGCAUCUUGCUCCCGUUUUUAAGGGAAAACGAGACCCAAGAUGCUGCUCAAGAUGGGAGGUUUCUCUUAGUUCUAAUACUAGCCGUAAUGAAGGAUGCCAAUCAGAACUUUUUGCAGGCUGUUUCGACAGCCGCUGUCGUGAACCUCUGUCAAUGUUUUGGGUACCUGAAAAACCUUCUCCUCGACACGAAGGCACUAGGGAUGUCAGUGUUGGGACUGCUAGAAAAAAACCUGUUCCAGCGUAAGGAUGAUAGUGUAAUCGAAUAUACUCUACUGCUGUUGACGAAUCUGACCAAGUCUGCGAGACUCAGGGAACUGAUUUGCAAGCAAAACACCCUACUGCCAGAAUUAGUGGACACGUUGUUGAUUACGAACGGGGUCUGCUUGGUGGAUAAUCAAUACAACUUCUACUACUACUAGAUCGUGUUGUACAUGUAGAACUAGAAGAACCUAGAAGAUUUAGAGAACUUGCAUUUCAGAGUUAGUCACCAUGAACCCUGUCAACAGAGGAACUACCGGAGGUCCUCAUUCACCAUGAUCCGUAGUAACUACGUUUUUCACUCCGACUUUCUCUCCUCUAACGGAACCCACUACUCGACGCCGUUCAGCGGCUAUCGGCUACUAACGCCUCUGUGUGCGAUCAUAGGACAGCUAGCGAACGACGACAAGGCUAGGCAGAACAUUCAGGAUACCUUCGGAAUGAGCAUCCUCGAUUGUUGUCUCUACAUCCAAGACUGUCUGUCCGGCCAGCGGGUGUUUGAUACCAGCUUAUGGAAGCAAUGUUUAGAGAUAGAGGAGAGGCAGUGUCUUUUUUUCUUUGUGUUUUGAUCGUGUUGUAAGUAGUCAUUUUAGAAUUAGAUGACCACGACACCAAUACUAUCGGAGGGUCAUCAGAAAACUUCAGUGUUCAAGCACUAGUAGUACAUACUAGAAAAGAUUCAUCAACUUCAUUUUUUCGCACUCUAAGCACUGCCGUCCACGUGGAUUUUCACUACGCUGUUACUGCAAUCGUGCCUCUGAAAAGCAAGACUUAUUUCGUCCUGAAACAGCUCUGCGUGAAUUCCUCAAAGAACAAGCUUUCUGUGGGUUUGCGAGCUGUCGAACCUUUGGUACACGAACUCUUCUUGCUCUCCUUCCUGUACAACUUGAUCUGUGAUUAUGGCUUCCACCAAUCCAUCUGCGGAAGCAUCUUGGGACUUUCCCGUAUAAGGGCAUCUUUUUAGGGCCGUUCCAUAUGGCAGUCUGCACUGUACUAACUUUGUGCACGAUUUAUCGUAUCUAUAAUUGCGUUGCAUUGUACUAUUGCAUGAGAAGAAAACGGCUUCUUCAAGAUGACGCUCGAGAUGGAUUACUUUGGGUUGUAGGGUCUAAGGUGAGGAAGAUCUGGAUGCUGGAGGAGAUGACGAUCACGCAUCCUUGCGCAGGGAACACCUCUCCCAUUGGCGGGAACACGUACCAACGCUGUUGGACUGCUUUAUCAAUUUAUGGAAGAGCAACCGUAGAAGCACUCCAACAGAAUGUAUUUCGAUCCAUAAGAAGGUAAGACAGCAUUGAUGAUUUUCUCCAUCCAACUGUAGGAGCACCUAAGAUCCUCGAAGAAGUAGAGUGAAUGCGAAUUCAAUUCGUCUUCUUUAAAAUAAACGGAUCCUAAUAUAAACGUGGCCACUAUAGUUCUUUUUUAAAUAAUUGGAUUACUCGACUCUUUUGUAUUUUUGUUUCCUAGUUAGGUGUGCUCCACCGAUUUUAUUAACUAUGAGGACAGUAUGAAUUUGUGUAUCCAUGAAUAUUAUCGAGCAACUUCUGCCAAAAGUAGGGCACAGAGGUACCAUGACAUGACAUGAGAACUUCUGUCUCCUUCCUCUCGUCCCACAUGCAUCCUCUCUUCUAAGGAAACUGCUGACCCUUCUGACCUUACUUUCGAUCCAUAAGAAGGUAAGACAGCACAUGGUGGCGGCAGGGAUUCAGGAACUCUUCGCGAAGAAGACGAGUAGCCACUACGAAGUAAUCGUAGACAAGAUCGCGAAUCUUAAGGCUGCGGUUUUGACUGGAUUUUAG